AAGAUCAGGUGAAAGAGACUGGAGUUCCAGGGUGACACAUAAGAGCUUGCAGCCUUUUGGCCUGGACACAAUUCUUCCCCAACUAGCUCCUUUGAAUUGAUUUUUCAGAACAUCCUCUCUUUUCUCCAGAAGGUGCAGGACCCACCCGCCCCAGAUCGUGCCAAGAUGAAAGUCUUUGCCCUGGCGAUCCUGUUGGUCAGCGUUUGCUGCCUGGAAGGUGCUCUGGUGAAACGGCAGGCAGAAGAAGGCCAGAGCCAGGCACAGCCCUUGACUGUUGAGGAGACCUUCCAGCAGUUGUCCGACAAGUUCACUGAGUACAUUUCCCCGGAGAGAUUCAACACCCUGAGGACCCAGGCACAGACACAUAUUCAAGAGUUACAUGACACGUUGAACUCGGCUGCAGACAGUCUGAAGGCAUUCCUUCAACACUGGGCAAACAUGGACAAGAAACCUCCUCAGUAACGAGCAGACUGUGCCUCCAAGCUCUCUCCAGCCCUUCUGCCGAGAGCGAAAUGAGGGAAACUCUGGCGCGCCCUUGCAAACGCACAAAGGUGGCCCGGAUCUCACUCUGGUCUCAAUAAAAGAAAAGCAGGCCCGGUUCUCUAACUUG